AUGUGUCUCUAUCUUUUAGGAUUUACAUCGGAGUGUCUCAACAGCCAUUUUAGUCCCUGUAGUUACCUUGAACCCUGUCAAAAUAAUGGCGUCUGUCAAGUUUCCGAUGGACGCUCCGCUAAGUAUAAAUGUGAAUGUAGACCAGGCUGGAGAGGCAUGAACUGCACAGAGCAAGAUUUAUGUGAUAACAAACCCUGUCGAAACAAUGGCCAAUGUUUGUUUCUGGGACAUCAGCUAUUUAAGUGCGAGUGUCAUGAUGGAUUUUUAGGCGCGAAUUGUCAACAUUUUAACGUCUGUAUGACGUCACCGUGUAAAAAUGGCGGCAUUUGUCGUAUGGAUCAAUAUGGCGUCUUUACCUGCGAUUGUCCAGAUAACUAUUCCGGUGAGAAUUGCGAGAUAUUCGACGCUUGCAGACCUUCGCCGUGUAGGGAGCGGGGUCUAUGUAAUAAAGUAGGGGAUAGGGAUUUCAGAUGCGAUUGCAUCAUCGGCUAUCAAGGAAAGAGAUGCGACAUGGUUGAUAAGUGUCUGCUGGAGAUGCCGUGUCAAAAUGAAGGAACGUGCCUCAAGACCGGAAACAACUCGUACGUCUGCGAAUGUCCUCCGGCUACUACCGGACCCAAUUGCGAACAUUUUGACCCGUGUUCACAGUUUCCCUGCAAUAACAACGCCACGUGCACUGGAAUCGGAAAAGCUAGAUAUAGAUGCGAUUGUACGCAAGGAUAUUACGGCGAAGAGUGUCAAAGAUACGAUCCGUAUCUAUGUCGUAACAACCCUUGUGGAGCUAACGGAGAAUGCAUCACAGUAUCCGAUACGUUUUACAUCUGUGACUGUUCCUACGGGUAUACGGGUGAGCGUUGCGAGACACGGAAUUACUGUUCGGAUGAAACGAUCUGUAAGAACGCAGGUGAAUGUGUCUCGGUUGACGACGACUUUAAGUGUCUCUGUGCGGAGAACUAUUACGGGCGAUAUUGCCAGUUUAUAAAUUACUGUAAGGCCAAUCCGUGCAUCAACGGAACGUGUCAGCUGAAGUACCAGGAAGACACUAUUGAUGAUGUGGAUUAUUUGGGCGGAUAUAUUUGCCAAUGUUCCGACGGUUUCACUGGUAAGAACUGUGAACUAAGGAUUAUGGGUUGUAGAGGAAGAUGUCUGAACGGGGGUUCCUGUGAUGAUAGUCAAUGCAUCUGUCCGGAGGGAUUCAUAGGUAAGUAA